CAUUAUUCCUCCAACAAAUUACGUUAUUCCUUUUCCUUAAAAGAAUUGCAUUAUUAUAUCCUCACAUAUUACAUUAUUAAUUAAUCACUCCGACGAUCGAUCUCGCAGCUAGCUCUUGCUUAAAUGGAAUUAAUAUACCGUGCCGGCCUUCGGAUCGUUCUUACUAUUCUUAUCGCAAUAUGUAACAUGAUUGCAUUUUGUUUUGCGAUUGGUGCUGGAGUACUUCAAAAAAACAAGGUGAAUGGGUCGUCGUCCGAUGAAUGUCACGCAUCGGGCUUGUUUAUUGCGCUAUGGGUGGCAUCGUUCUUGAUUCUUGUGUUUGCUAUGCUAGCUUCUGGUACUAUGGCAUGGUCUUUGCAUAAUGACGCAAUUCAAUUAAAGGGGAAAUUGGUGAUAAUAUGUGUCUAUGUUUCCAUCGUGAUGGUGUUCAUUGCAGAGGUGUACUUGCUUAUAGCAGGAAUAGGCGUAAAGACGAGGAACAGCUUCAGCAGUUCUGCAUGUGUGAUCUCUCAUCCUAAUUUCAUAUUCAUGGGAGGUGGUGGAGGCAGCGUCCUUAACAUUAUCCUUAUCUAUCUCUACUUUGUUUACAUCAAUUCAUCAAUGGUGGAUCUGGAUGUGGAUUUACGAAGGGAAUUGGUAAGGCAGAAAAUUAGACUUACCUACAGUGGAGGUAAUGUCGGCCUUCAAGGAGCUGUUGCUUCAACAGUCUAUACCAAUGGUGGUAUAGUUAGAGGCUUCAUCUCAGGGUACAUAGGAACACGACAGAUCUACGGACCUACGUACGAUGUAGAGUACACAGUUUCCAGCAAUUACUAUAAGUAUUUUGAGAUGAAUCAUGUUGUGGAGGCUUUUAUCAUACUUCCCCGAGGGAUUGAUGCUAUGGAAGAUAACGCGGUGAGGCAGAACUUCAUGGCUUCUAUUCAGAGGAAACUUUUCAUUUCUUCUUUCUUCAUUGAUGAGCUUUUAGACAAUCUAGAGUUCGCUAAAGCUUUUCCAGGUCCUGGGGCUAAUUAUGACGAGUUCGUAAAUCCUAGGAGGUUAGACUUAGAGUUGCAUUUGUAAUAUUACUUUAUGUAAUUUCAGUUAAAUUUGUGUUGGAAUAAUAUUGUUCAUGAACAUUAUGAGUUAACCACAAAUAUUAUUCUAAGCUCCAUGACUAGUGCAAGUCAGAAAAAUAUCUAUUUUCAACAUCAUAAUGCAUCAUGUAAAUAUCAAACAUUUUCUCAAGAUGGGUCAAAUGAAAGAUUUCAUUAUAC